GUCUUCCAACUAUCCACACGUCACUCGCAGCGACAGCGACAGUAAGAAGUCAGUGAAGUGAAUUUCUUUUCAGUGAAUGUGGACAUUGUGGUUGUGAAUACGCCGAGGAAAAUGCAAAUUCCAAAUGAAUACGUUUCUACUGCGGAAGAUGUUGCAGAUCAGGUGAUACGCAAAGGCAAAAAUGUCCUGCCCACAGUGGCUAGGCUGUGCCUCAUCAGUACGUUCCUCGAGGACGGGCUCCGCAUGUGGUUCCAGUGGUCGGAGCAGCGGGACUACAUGGACAUGUCGUGGGGCUGCGGCAAGUUCCUCGCUACCAUGUUUGUGAUUAUAAAUCUGCUGGGUCAAAUCGGAGGAUGCGUGAUGGUGCUCGGGAGGCUGAAGGUGGACAUCGCUUGUGGUGUGCUCUUCUUCAUUGUAGUUCUUCAGACAUUCGCCUACAGCAUACUAUGGGACAUGCAAUUCCUGCUCCGUAACCUCGCCCUCAUCGGCGCCCUGUUACUGGUGGUCGCAGAAGCCCGCGCCGAAGGCCGUAGCCUGUUCGCCGGCGUGCCGUCCCUGGGAGAGAACAAACCGAAGACGUACCUCCAGCUCGCUGGGAGGAUCCUGCUCGCGUUCAUGUUCAUCACGCUGCUGCGGUUCGAGGUGUCAUUCGUACAGAUCAUCCAAGACAUCCUCGGCAGCAUCCUUAUGGUCCUAGUAACAAUCGGGUACCGUACCAAGUUGUCCGCACUGAUGCUCGUGCUGGUUCUCACUGUGCUCAACCUCUACCACAACGCGUGGUGGGCAGUGCCGAGCUACAAGCCGCUCAGGGACUUCCUUAAAUACGACUUCUUCCAGACCCUAUCUGUGAUCGGCGGUCUGCUCAUGAUCGUCUAUUUGGGCCCCGGCGGCGUGAGCAUGGACGAACACAAGAAAAAGUGGUAGGCAGUGCGUUAUGGACGUUACAUGGUGCGAUAUGACGUUGACAAAGGAGCGUCGCGGCCGCCUGUAUAUAUACAAUUAAAUAUAAUAGUGUCGACGUUAACGUCACUACAACUUUAAUGUGUGUUUGUGAAUAUUAGGGACCGGUGUUUAACCUGUAUCCUAAAAGGUAUGUCUGUGUUAGUAAUUUUUAAACCCUUUUUAAAACUACCUUUUUGAGCUAAGCGAUUUAUUUUACCAUCGUGGGAUACCGGUAUAUUUACCGGUCACAAUAUUAUUAAGUUUUAGGUCCCUUGUGAAAUGUUUUAUGUAUAAACGCCGACGCCGUCUAAAAGAUGGUUACGGCGUCCAAGUCAGACAUUAAGUCAGUUCAAACAUCACCUUGUCCAGAAGAGUUUCAAGAAACAGAAUAACUAGAAUGACGCAAGACUGCAUCGUAAAGGAAUUGUUGGAAAUUACCUAGGCUGUACCAUUAUAUGAGUUUUAAUCUUAGACAUUUUUGUACUGGCCAUCAUGCGGCCGCGGCCGGCUCCCUAAUGUUUUGUGACUAACCCGCGCGGGCGAUGCUCCAUAAUCGACUGUAAUAUUAAGAGAAUAAGAUUCUAUUUUCAAUAGCCGACGCGCGGGUAAUUAUUAUUAGUUAACGAGACGACAAUAAUAAUGUGGGCACAGUUGACGAUAACAACAAUUUCCGAACACUCCCCAUUAUUACUGGGUCUCAACCUUAUUGUUACACAGCCAUGUCAUUUCGUCUUCUUACAUGGAGGCGAAGCCUUCUUAUUUUUUGUUUUUAUCAGUAUUUCAUAGUUUUGUGGUGGUGUGUGCGAAUGACUAAUUCUUUUUGGGAAAACCACCGUUAAAAAGAAAUUUUAUACAGUACACACAUAAGCUAAGCGAAUUGUGGGAUAUUUCUCUUCCCUGCUUAAGUAUUUUUUACGCUCUGCCCCCUCAAAAUCAUAUUAAGUAGAUGUUCAUUUGACACUAAGGUGCUUAUAGAUAUUCCCGAGUGUUUUUAUUCAUUAUAAUAUUUAUAUAUUAUUGUACGAGUAAGUGUGUUAUCUCACUGGUCCACUAGAGAUACCGCUUGGUCUAAUUGAAUUCUGCGCGUAAGUGAUUAGGCCACUUCUCGGGGUGUUUAGAAACAGACACAAUAAGCACAUUGUUAAAUUAAUUUGCCAAUUUUUAAUAUUUCAUAUAAAUUUUUACAUAGUUCAGUCGUUUAAGUAUGUGACAUAAUAUCUGCACAUAAUUCAAUAGGUAGGUGCUAAAGAAUAUAACGCUAAAUGUAAUUCGCACACAUAACCACGGUCCCAUAUACUUUGAUUUUUAACUGAUUUUUUCCACAAACGAGUGAUAUUUUGAAAUCGGAUUGUUUAUAAGUAUAUAAGCUUAAUGACUGAGGGAUCCCUUUACGUAGGUAACGAUAAGACUCGCCAUUUUUGAAUAUUUGUAUUUGUCGCACAGUAGCAGUGCGCUAUUUUGAAUACUUACUGUAGUGAACGCGAUAUUCCAAGUCGACCGCCGUCGACAUCUAGUCGGCGUGCACGUGCAAAUGUCGGCGCGCGCGUCUGAUAGUCGGCGCGUCGGCGUUUUAUAUAAAUUGUCGAGCCUUAUCUAGCAAUUUGUUUCAUUCCGUAUACCUUGUUGUGAUGUCGUUGUAAAUAUAUAUUUUGUACUUAUCGUGUGGACCCUUAACAAUGUAUAAAUUUAAGGUUGUAAGAGCUAGAUAGCGACUGCUUAUUUUGUAAAGAUUAUAUUUUAAAAGUUAUAAUUUGUCGUAUUGUUUAGCAACCUUCCUCGGCGGUAAAAAUAGCCAAAAUUCAAAGAUGUAAUCUUUAUGAAAUAAGUAGUUUUAAUGUAAAUGGGUAUAAUUCCAUUAGCCAUAGGUUAACCGGCUGGCAUCACACGACGUUACAUUAUAAACGCAAAAUAUAUGGUUUAAAAAAAAAUUAAAUAAAAAGACUAUAAUGAUUAUAUUUAUUUUUAUAUUUUUUUUUAUUAUUUUGAUUUAAUCUUCGAUCCAUAUGGAAUCCUCGACUUGUUCUGAAUAAAAAUUACAUUAAUAA